CUGUCAUUCUCGCUCGUGCAUUCUCUCUCUCCGUCGGCCCGGCAAACACGUGCAAGUUUCUACCCUUCCCGCUGGUAGAUUCCAACUCCUUCCGAAAUCCCGCGAGUGGUCCCAGUUCCUUGAUACCCAUCCAGACAAGCGCCCUCCGAUCAUGGGCCGUAACAACUUUCAGCAUCGCGGUGGCCGUGGUGGUGGAGGCGGCCGCGGCGGAGGUCAUCGGAACAAUCCGUUUAAAAAUCGUGGCGGUGGCGGCGGCGGAGGAGGACGAGGUAGAGGUGGUCAUCAGAACCGGCCACCGUUCAACCGGAACAAGCAAGCGGGUGGCAAGGACCGGAAUCGACGCGACGGGGCGGUGCUGUCCGAGCUGAAGGAGGAACAGGUGUUUGUGACGGAGUACGUAACGCCGGGGGAAGGAUUCCGGGGGAUUUUGAAGUCGAGGUUUUCCGACUUUCAUGUGAACGAGAUUGAUUGCGAAGGAAACGAGGCUGUGUUGACGGAGUUGAAAUUGCCGGAACAGCCCAAGGAGGACACGAGCAAUAGCGAACAGGAGCUGGUGGCGUUGAUCACGCAGGAGACAUUGGAUCAGAUUCGGAAGGUUGCGGAAUCGAAGGUCAAAUGCAGCGAUGUUGUUGAAAUCGAUGUCACCGAAAUGUCCAAGGAAGACCGUGGAAAGAUUCACAACGGUGCCAAGGGAUUGUUUGGCAGUGCCAUUAUUGGAUCGACCGUGACGAAGGACGACCGGAAGUUUGUCACUUUCACGCAGUUUGACAAGAAGAAAGUUCGCGAUCGGCGCGAAAAGUGGCUGUGGCCGGAGGAGUUUACGCAUUUCAUGCUGUACAAAGAGAAUAUCGACACGAUUCAGGCGACGACGAUGUUAACGGAGAACCUGCGAUGCUCGCCGUCGGCGUUUGCGUACGCCGGAACGAAGGAUCGACGGGCCAAGACGACGCAGUGGGUCAGCAUACGGCACGGCGAUCCGGUUCGGAUUGCAUCCGCCGCGGCCAAGCUCAGAAACAUCAAGAUCGGAAACUUUUGCUUCAAACCAGCGCAGCUCAAGUUGGGCCAGCUGCGUGGCAACCGGUUCCGGAUCGUGCUCCGCCAGGUCACGGCCAGUGAAGACGUGCUGCGAAGCUCGCUGGAGAGUUUCCGCGAGAAGGGUUUCAUCAACUACUUCGGCCUGCAGCGGUUCGGUAACUGUGCGUCCAUUCCGACGUACAAAGUCGGCAUCGAAAUCUUGAAGAGCGAGUGGAAAGAAGCUUGCGACUUGAUCCUGAAACCGCGGGAGGGCGACGUGUGGUUCAUGCAGCAGGUUCGCGAGAUUUGGCAAAAGACUGGCGAUGCGCAGGCUGCGUUCGAAAAGUUCUUUUACAGCAACAAGAGCAUCGAGAAGACGAUUCUGAAGUGGCUUGCAUCGCAUGAAAACGAUUUUCGAGGCGCCCUCGAACAUCUGCCUCGUAACAUGCGGCUGCUGUACAGCCACUCGUACCAAAGCGUGAUCUGGAACAGAGUCGCUUCCAGACGAAUAAGAGACCUCGGCUAUCGUCUCGUCCCGGGAGAUCUCGUCUUCGUGGACAAAUCUGCGGAACAUGUCGAUCUGGAACCCGUUCUUGACGUGGAAGCCGCCUUAGAGCAGAACGAAACCGUCCAGCAGGAAGACAAAGAAGAAACCGACCAGUCGGAACAAUCCCCCGAACUCUCGCACUUCAAAAGCCUCGUGAAACCGCUCACCGAGGCCGACAUCGAAUCCGGCUCGUACACCAUCUUCGACAUCGUCCUGCCCCUGCCCGGCCAUGACAUCGCCUAUCCGGCAAACGAGUGCGCCACCUGGUACGAGGAACUCCUCGCCGCCGAUGGUCUGUCCUCGGAGAAGCUCAAGCAAAAGACCAAAAUGCACUCGCUGACCGGAGCCUACCGGAAGGUCUUCAUCAAACCGGAAAAUCUCGACUGGAAGCUAGUCCUGUACGAAAACCCCAACGGCGCGCUCAUUCUGUCAGACCUGGAAAAGCUAAACAACGUGCCGGAACCUACGCAGCCGGAAAACGCCCCCCACAAGGCGCUCCUGUUGGACUUCCGGCUCCCGAGCUCGGCGUACGCGACGAUGGCUCUGCGGGAGAUCCUCAAGGUGGACACGUCCGCGCUGUACCAGCGAUCGCUCAGGCAGCAGGAGACCAAAUCGGAGGAAAGCGCGCCAACGGAAGAAGCGGAAGCACCCAAAGAAGAGGACGAACCAGUUGUCUCAGACGGCGACGAGAAACCUGAGGAAAACCACGAGGCAGAAUCUCCGGAAGGCAACGGAGACGAUGAAGAACCGGCGGAGAAGCGGGCCAAGCUCGACUGAGGCUGUUAAGCGAGCGGAAUACUGACCACAAAUCGCAUUUUGGGGAUGCCACACGGCCGGGUCGGUAAAGUGUUCGAUUGAAGGGAAGUGCGGAGGAAUCGAAAACGGGCAGUUUCCCGAUCUGGGUGUGGUGGCUCAAAAUGUAUACUAUCGAGGAAAAUAAUUUAAAACACACACACACUCACACAAAAUGGAACUUUUGGUUCCGCCAAGGAAAACUUCCUUUUACAAAUAAAGGAGACUGCGUUUUGAAAUUGAAGGACAAGACUGGAGGUGAAAGGCAAUCGAAGAGACAGAAAAGUUAAGCAAGCAGAAUAAAUAUGUAAAAAAAAAAACAAACUGUAACUUCAGUCACUCGUAUUUUUGAUAAAUAUAUCAUUCGUUAGCAAAUGCAA